GCGCGUGUAGUGGGUUGUGUCUUAAACUAGUAAUUUUUUUCCAGAAGGGAAUUCAUUUAAAACAUUAAAUCCGACAAAAGUUAAAUUAUUCUAUCUUAUGAGCAGUGGUUAUUGGACACAUAAUACAUACAGAUAUUGGACACUAUUAUAAGCUUACCGACAGGAAAAAGACCUAUUAAAUAGUAACUUCUAUUUACCGGCAAGUCAGGUUAAAGAAAGGAUUUCUUCGGUACUUUGGUCAGCCUGAUGAGCUAUCAGUGUCCAGUAAGCCCAAACUGACCACACGUUGGGUAUGACCUCGGUGUUCGAGACAAGCUCAUCUCAGGGACAUAUAUUAAAUGGUGAACAGUUUUCCUAUUCUUCCCCUAGAGGUCCUAGUCCUAAGAACGGAUUUCAGGAUAAAGGUUUCUACCUCAAUAUUCCAAAGUUUGUUCGAGAAAAAGAUGAUACAGAGUCUGAAAAAUUGAUUGAACCUCAGGAUAAAGCGCUGUCCAAAGUAAGCUGUGGCGAUUUCUUCUACAAAAAUUCCUUUAUGACACGAAAUUUGGAAAAGAAUUCUGACAGUACAGCAAACGGCCUUGACAUGGUGAAAAGCGACCCUGUUAUAACCGAAACUUCACAGCUUUUGAGAGGUAUACUUCAGCACAAGGACCAGCAUCUGACUGACAAGAUGGGCGACAAUAACAACAUCAAGACUGACAAGCAGUCAGAUGACCAAGAUUUAAAUGAGCAAACACCAGCCAUGAAUGACAUGGAGGAAGAAUACAGGGAGGAGAUGGACCGUAGGUCUCUAAACUCUGUAGACUUAUCGGGUGACGAGAGUGACUUCAGCAUGUCUGGAGACAGAAAGUCCAAUGCAGGAGAGGAUAGCUAUGACAUGGAUAAUUGUGAUGAAAAUGAUAUAUUUGUCACAGAGAACAGCAACGCCGCAAAGCGUGCACGUGUCGAGAACAUUUUGUCUAACAUGCGACAGUCGCCAAUACCCUCAGAUAAUAACAGUGCAAACAAUUUGGAGGUCCGACGACAGAAGCGUAAACAAUAUCAGCCAAAAUGGCUGGAGCAUUCCGAAGGAAAACAUAGAAAACUGGAGAAGAUGGCACUGCAACAUCAACUUUUACAGCUACAAGAACAGCUACAGCAUGUACAGAAACGCUACAUGGAUCUUUACACAGAGGAGAACACGCAAUUGGAUGAUGGUGAAAAGAAUGGGCCGGAGGAGAGAUAUGUAAACCAUGUUAGCAAGAAAGACAAUUGUAAUAAACUACUCAACAAAAGUAAUAUCGUAACAUCAUCUCCACCAAAUAUGCAUAAAACGGCAUCCGAUAAUGAGCGGAAGAAUUCCUUGGUAGCUGGUGUUGACGAGCCGAGGGAAGGGGCAAAACCAACCGAGAAUGGCCCACUGCAACAAGUGGACAUCCACAACUUCUCGAACAUGCUGAAGACCCAGCUGGUGGAUGUGGUUAGCACAACCGUAGACACAGUGUUAGACAAAUAUAUGAAGGAAGGAUCUGGUAAGACUGUUGAAAAACCGAAAGAAAAGGAACAAAAAAAAAAGCAAACAAGUGGCGGUAGUCACAGUAGUGUUAGUGGUUUCGGUGCUAUCAAAACUGUAAAAGAAAAAGUUGAAAUGAGGGCAUACGACAAACCAAUAUUUGGAAUGCGGAGUUCUCCAGUCCGUGAGCCAUUCCAUGAUCACAUCGGAAACAUAGCACGCGUCCUGGAGAACAACACCUCCAGUGCCUUUGAAACUCCACGAGGACUUACGCCUGACCUCCUACGGGGCCCUUCUCAUCACCCUCUGCCUUUCCCUCUUCCUCCAUUCUCAUACUUCCCUCCCACAAUGCUUCACACUCCCUCCAUGUAUUCCACAGCACAUUUGGGAGUCGAGCCCGAGCAGACAGAAGCUUUGCCACUGGUGGUCAACCAGACACCUAAAAAGAAGCGCACCAAAGUGACAGACACACGGCUGUCCCCCCGUGCCGCGCGUGCCUUGCUAGGGCAUGAUCCCAUGGUGCUCGGCCAUGUCAACGAUAGCGAUAACCACCAUCAGCAUCCUCCAACCUCCGCCUACCAGGCUCUGAUUCCUCCAGUUCUCCCAACCAGCGUGGCCAUCCCUAAUCCAGGCCUCCAACAUUCCAACAUAUUCGACUUCUACGGACGGGAAUAUGGCUUCUCAGAAAUGCAUUCAUCAAACCACUCACCUCUCCAUGCUGACCAUCCAUCUCCAAGCACCAUCCACUCUUGCUCCCCCUCCGAUAGCUUUCAGAUGAAGUCGGAAGGUUUGGACAAUAGCUCGGAUUGCUACGACAACGGCCAUGUGCAUAUGACCACUACAUUGACACCAAUGCACCUGAGGAAAGCCAAAUUGAUGUUUUUCUACGUCCGCUACCCGAGUUCUGCCAUUCUGAAGAUCUAUUUCCCUGACGUCAAGUUCAACAAGAACAACACAGCCCAACUCGUCAAGUGGUUCAGCAAUUUCAGAGAAUUUUUCUAUAUUCAAAUGGAGAAAUAUGCCAGGCAGUCACUCAGUGAAGGAUGCAAACACCAUGAUGACCUCACAGUGACGACAGAUGCUGAACUUUACCGCGUCCUAAAUCUCCACUACAACCGCAACAACCAAAUUGAGGUUCCGGAGAGUUUCCGUCUGGUGGUGCAAGCGUCGCUUCGCGAGUUCUACAAAUCUGUUGUUGCUUGUAAAGAUAAUGAACCCUCCUGGAAGAAGUCAAUCUACAAAGUGAUUGCUCGCCUUGACGACACCCUCCCCGAGUACUUCAAGUCUCCGAACUGGAUGGAUCAACUCGGUGAUAUGUGAUUGGUGACUUCAACAAGUGUAGGUCAUGUGAUCAGUGACUAUUCCUGGCAGCAACUUAGAGACAUGUGAUCAAUUACUGUCAUGGCAACCAUUCUGGGUCAUCUGAUCACUGACUCAUUAAACAACAACUCCGGGUCAUCUGAUCACUGACUCAUUAAACAACAACUCCGGGUCAUCUGAUCACUGACUCAUUAAACAACAACUCCGGGUCAUCUGAUCACUGACCACUGUGGCAACAGGGUCACUGAUUUUGGUGGCAACUUGAGGUCAUGGCUUUCUGGUUAAAAUGGAGACAGAUUAAGGACAUGUGAUCUUGGUUGUCACGGAAAUAGAUGGUUGUCAUGGUCGCCACAGUUUCUUAGCAAAUGGACAUGGUUGUGAUAGGUGUUCUACAGAUGUACAGAUAUAUUUCUGACGUUAAUGUAUACAUUGUAUGUCUAUCACGCAUUCCAUAGCAACAGUAACAACAUUCGUCAUAAUUGUUUUACAAAACAAUAAGUCAUUCUUUACACAUUUUAAUGAUUGAAAAAACAAUCCACAUUUAUAUACAUUUUAUUGAAUGAUAUUACCACAAAAAAAAGACAUUUCUAGUAAGGCCUUGUACUCCCUUAGCCCUUUUCACCACUGUAGACCAUAAUGGACUCAUCCAGAUCAAUGCAUGGUCAAGUUUACUAAAGUUGCAUCGGGGUGAAAGGAUUAAUCAGUUUCAGCUUGGCUUGAGGGACAAUUCAAGGAAAUCCAGCAAAAUGUGUUGCCAUGCCGAUUGACUGAACUUAAUGAUGGGUAACACUGGUUUAUAUUUUUUGUUGUUAUUUGUAAAUACAUUAAAAAAAAAAAUGCAGACAAAUAUAAAAUGAUACUUUACGAUGACCUGUCGUAGAUCAAAGCAGGAAGAUUUAUUAAUAUCAGCAUUGCAAGGAAGGCAUGUGAGUUAUCACAUGUACAGACUGUAUAUAUAUAUACACAUAUGGGAUUUUACCGUCUAUAUUACUUCUUUGACCCAUAUAUACACAUAUAGCAACAUUCCAUUUUUGCAAAUAACACAGUGAAACUUUUGUUUGAACUCAUUCACCCCUGAAGACACAUGUGAACUCCCCCAAUUCAAUGGUUCAUCAUGAAAUUUCAGGGGUGAAUGAGUAAAUUUUGAUUUUAAAUAUACAUGUUUCUGCAAAAAAUAUAUAAAUCUCCGUAUAUGAGGUCCUAUUAUCAUUGUUAUGAAAUACUGUUAGUUUAUUUGGUUCAAAAUCCUAAAUGUUUUGAAUCAACAGUGUAUGUAUUCCUCAGAAUGGAAUAUUUUUUAUGAUAAUAUUCUUUUAAGACUGCUCAGAAAAUAAGCAUUGAGAUAAUACAAUAUUAAAGUAAUAGUUAAGACUUUCAAGAUGGUAUUGAGAAUAAAAUAACAUAAGGAGAGAAAAAACGCAGUAAUAUUAUAGAUAGAGAAAUUCAUGAUGAUUUUGUAAGAUUUAUCUUUGAUGAUAUAAGUAUAGUGUUAUUUAUGUAUGGAGAGUUUAUCAUUGACAGUGAGAUGCUGUACAAGGGAAGAUGUAGAUAUGAACUCUUGUGAUUCAGAUGUGUAUAUGUGCUGGAUAGUUUGGUGAAAGGGUUACAAAGGAGUAGAAAAUUAAUCAUCGUCACCUCUCUGUCCUAAGUGUUUUCUUAUUGAAAGAUGACACAUCAAAUACUAGUUUAGAAUAAGAUUAAGAGUUCUCACCAGGGUCACUCUGUGGCUGUGUCCUCUGUUUUAUUUGUUUUUAGCUGUCUGAUAUGUCUACCAUUGCUGGCAAAUCCCCCCCCCCCCC